AUGAAUGAUGUUGAAACACUCCUUUCACAAUUGCCUGUAUUAAAGCAUCUUCGAUUACUCUUUCCAAAUUGUGAACCUAAUUCUGGAUUAUUUGAUGGUUAUAGAUGGGAGAAGUUCAUCCGAAC